CAGACAGUCGACGGCUGUCCUGCUUUCACUUCAGGGCUGUGUCUUAAAGCUCACUAUUUAGGCAGCAUUUUUGUGUGUAUACGUAGGAGCAAUCAAAGUUUUUUUGUGCGGUCAUCAACGGCACGUGGAACAUUUCUAGCUGAGCCAACUCGGGAACAUGCUUAUGAUGCCCAAAAACGUUGCGGACGGUGCAUAAGCAGUUCACUUUGGUGACAGCCCAUCAACUUCGCGAGAAAGUUUUUUUAACGCAGGGCUGAUUUUAGUUCAGUUUGAUCCAGUAAUGAUGUCGGUAGGUUUGUAUGAUUUGUGUCCUCGAGCGGCUACGCACCAGUCAUUCUAACGGGUCCGUUAGUUUGUCGACAGAACAUCGGGGACGAGCGCUAAGACGGGAACGAUGAUAGACAACGAGCGGAGCUCUCAGAUAUCCAAACCGCCUCCAGCAUCACCUGCCGGGUUACCAGUCAGCGCUUCAAAGAGAAGAUUCACAAGGGUCGGAAGGAAGCAAAGCAAUGGAUCCGUCCAGUCAAGCUCAUCCAGUGGCACGGCCACAGAGAGCGCGGGCAUACGGCAACCAGCAAAAAACAAGAUCCGUCGCCACCAGCAUCGUCUGUCUGCCGUGUUCAGUCGCAGUCCACGGAGAGGUUCGGGAGAGAUGGCUCCUUUAGGAGAUGAAGUUUUGGUGACUGAAGAUCCCACCGAGCUGUCAAAUAAUAUCACGGCCCCAGGAAUUCUGAAGAUUUUUGGCACUGAGAUUUGUGAAGGAGCCAACUACAAAAGUGUACUGGCCACCACACACUCCGGCGCCAAAGAACUUGUCAAAGAGGCUUUAGCCAGAUACUGCCUAAGCAAAGCAGAUUCUGAUGACUAUGUGUUAUGUGAUGUGAUUGGCUGUAUUGGAGAUCACACCUGGAGGACUGAAUGUGUUCGUGUGGUAGGGGACAAUGAAAAGCCUCUCCUGCUGCAGUCCCUCUGGAAACCCAAAGAGGGGUAUGCCCGACGAUUUGAGAUACAGCGCAAGUCUAUUGUAGAAGAAAACAACUCCAGAGAUAAGGACACAGUGACUGCAGGCAUCAAUGCACAGGCGAGAAAGUUGCAGAAGACACGCUCCCGAGGGAAAUCUAUUCCGCUGGACCUGGGUGUGAGUGAUGGUGCAGAAGACAGCAGACACAAUCUGUUUAGGAGUAUAAGCGAGACAAACGUAACAGCUGAUUCUCAAAGCACCUGCAUCCAGUCCUGUAGAGAAGCCCUCAAAAACGGCAAGGACCAGUCGCAGGGGGAGGAGCCUGAAUCUGAGGCCUACAAAGCAACACACUGUCCUGCCAAUGAAAGGGAGGAGACGGAGAGCAGCGAUGACAACUCCACACAGUAUUCCAUUCACCCGCCCCUUGAGUUUCCUUACUUCCUGCUUCUGCAGGGCUUCAGUUACAGACAGGACUUCGUUAUCUAUGCCCUGAUAAGAAGCUGUACAGUAUUCGGCCGCCACGUUGAGCAAACUUGCAGUGAGCGUGAGCGUGACACAGAACACCAGCAUCUCUGGGCUCCUGAUAUCCUCCCCGAGCACUGCUGUGUCCAGCGUCUAGACACCCAUCCUUCCCCUGACCAAACCCCAGGAGGCGUGACUCUUCUGAAACCCUUUCCUAGAGCAAAAGUCAAGUGGAACGGAGUUUUCAUCACCCAAGACGUUGAGGUACAAUCAGGAGACAUCAUCGGCAUAGGCGAUCAUUACUUCUUCAUGUAUAAAGACCCCACCUCACCCAGGGUCACAACUUCUCCUACUGUCACCUUGCCCUGGAUUAAUGAGACAUCACAUACAUGCAAAGCACUUCUUUGUAAAAACUAUCUGUUAUCUGAAAAACAGAGAAAGCCUUGGAGGAAUGGCUUGCCCUGUUUUACGGAUUCAGAGGGAGAGGAACUGGUUCUGGCUUAUAAUGUGGAACAUGAGUCCAGGGUCCUCAAGGAGAUAUUUGCAAUGGUUGAGCAGAACGAGAGUGCGCACAAACUGACCGCAUCCUUCCUGCUGUGCUUGUGUCUCCAGCAGUCUGCCAUUUAUUUCUCAAUGCCUGCUCUCCGCAGACUGCUGUUACAUAUCGCCAAUGAGAUUCAAACCAUCGUAUGGGAGAAGGCAAAGGAACUUGCAGCCCUGCAACCUGAAAUCAGUGAGUCAGACCCAAAAGAUCUAAAUCCAAGCACUGACAAGCUGAUCCAGGGUCUGGAACCACUUGUCCUGUGGAUGGCAAACUCCAUCCAGCUCCUUCAUUUCAUUCAACAGGAAGUGCCUUGUCUGCUACAUGAAAUCUCUCAACAGGAGGAGGAGGAAGAAGAGGAUUGUAAUGCGGUGUUGCAGUUACGCCUGUCCUCCGUGCGAUCUGCCAGUGAGGAGGCCAUGACGGUUCUGGAGGAGGUCAUCAUGUUCACAUUCCAGCAGUGUGUCUAUUAUCUCACUAAGAUGCUGUACCCGGUUCUUCCAGGCAUAUUGGACAGUAAUCCUUUCUCCGAAAGUGGACAGCUGCAGGUCAAAGGAGGUCAGAGAGUCCUGGAAAUCUGUACGAAAACAGUGCAGCUAGUCAGAGGGUUCCAGGUGCACCCAGAAAUCAGCUCGCAACUCUUCGCCUACCUCUUCUUCUUCGUCAACGCUUUGCUCUUCAAUCUGCUGAUGGAGAGAGGAUCGGGGGGAACGUUUUACCAGUGGUCCCGUGGGGUCCAGAUCAGGGCUAAUUUGGAUUUGCUUAUAGACUGGGCACAUGGAGCGGGACUGAACGAUCUAGCACACAGCUACCUUGUCAAACUCUCCUCGGCUGUCAAUCUGAUGGCCAAGCCCAAAGAAAAUCUUUUACAGAUGUCCUGGAGUGCUCUGCGGAUAGAGUAUAAUGCACUGAACCCAGCUCAGCUUCACCACAUUCUGAGAGAGUAUAACUCACAGCGCUCGUGCCCUGCAGCAUGGACUCCCUCUAGUGAUGAGACCACCACUGCUCUCAGAACCAUUGAUAUCCUGGAAGGCUUUGAUAACCAUCCACCUCUCAUACUCCCUCCUGAUGGUUUUGUGUUUGAUCUAAAAAGACCAAUCAGUGAAACGGGUCUAGUUAAACAGCUGAGUGGAUUCCAAAGGCUGAUCCAAAAGCUCCCUGACUCAGAAUCUGUUCCAGAUGAACCAUCUCAGCCUGCCUCUGCAUUACCAAUGAAGGCCAAACUUACCAGAAUGGAAGUUCACCCAACAGCUCAUCUUGAGAGUGGGCAUACAGAGAUAGUGUUUCCUCAUGCUGAAAUGAAUGACUGGAGCGGCCGUGAAGCUCAUUUGACAAAGAAGCUUCAGAAUAUGGAACUACAGAAGAAAGGGUCACACAGCAGAUUGGAGCACUCAGCAUUGGACGAAACAUGUUUACUUACCCCACCAAACACACCGCUUAACCUUGAGCAGAUGGAUUCUGAAACAGACCAGCAAGAGGAAAUAUCAUACCAUCAACACUUCAAAUAUACUUGUGCAAACAAACAAGAGGAAGGUGAGAGUGAAGAGGAAGAUGUGUUUGUGCUGGAGUUGGAGAGAGGAACAUGUGGUCUGGGUCUGGUGGUGGUGGAUGGGCAGGAAACACAAUUUAAAGGCAAUGGAAUGUACAUCAAGUCAGUGAUGCCAGAUUCUCCUGCUGCCUUGUCGCAGCGACUGAAAGCAGGGGAUCGUAUUCUAGCAGUAAAUGGACUAAGCCUAGUAGGGGUGGACUACCAGACUGGAAGGGAACUCAUUCAGGCAUCAGGAGACAAGCCUAGAUUACUGGUUGCGAAGUCUGAUAAUGCUUCAAAACAAGCAUGACAAUCCUGACAUGAAACUGCUUUUGGCUCUUCACUUAGCAAAAUCUUAAGUAUAAAGAUUAAAUAUUACACAUUGCACAAAACAAAUUUCUUUUUGCCAGUUGCUUUUGAAUGUACAUGUAUUUUACUGUCAACUUGUGUAUUAAUCCAUUUACAAUUGAAUUUUGAGAUUGUUGAAAUUAUUCUGAUUUGUCAAUAUCUGUAUUAUGUGUCCUGAGAAGCAAUAACAAAUAUUUUCAUCUCGAUGCGGCGCCGUUGGCGUAGAAAAAUGAGAACGCCGCACCGGAUGUGCAUCGCAACCUAUUUGCACGAGCAUGCAGCGUGUCUACAUUCAAAAUAACAAACUUUUGUCCGCCAAAGAGCGAAAUGUGAAUCGCCUCUUACUGCAACCUUAUUAUUAAAGGCUGCAUCACCAUUACAUGGGCCAAAUAUUUUAUUUCUUUCAUCACCUCAAGGAAAUAAAUGCUUAACUUUUUGGAUAAAAGUUGUAUUAAUGUUAUGCUAUGGUUUUCUUACAGGAUUGAUAAACACUAAAAUCAGUUCAUUUUUCAGAAUGGAUUGCAUGCCAAAAAUAUAAAACAUAAGCAACAGCCAUUGAUGUGUGCUCAUAUCAUUUCAAAACGUAGUCAAACACCACUUUCAAGUACAGUGUAAACAUGUGCCAAUAACUGUAUUGGUUAAAAUGAAGAGUGGGCAAUGUUUCCCGCUAAUGAUAGCUCUUAUGAAUGUUAACAUUUGGUGCUUUCAAAUACCCGUUUUAUGUCUCUCUUUUUACGUUUUUAAAGCAUUUGUUUUAUUUUUAGAGCAUGAUUUUCAUUGUCAGAUAAGUGCCAUUUUCAGGAGUGUGAAGGUACAUACUCUCAAGAAUGGACACAUGAAAAUUUAAAUAAAGUAACUAUUUUAUGUUCUAUGAAGAGCCA